GUCCUUGACUGAAGAGACACCCUGCAGAGUUCCUCCCAGUGUGACCAGCUGGACGAUCCACGGUCUCUGGCCUGUGAAGGCGUUCCGGUGCUGUAGAUGUUGGCCGAUGUUCCCGUCCGACGUCCAGGAGCUGGAGGCCGAGCUGACUGAACACUGGCCGUCCUUACUGCAAACUCAACCCAGCUUCCACUUCUGGAGAGAGGAGUGGGAGAAGCACGGUGUGUGUGCAGCGUGUGUCGAAGGGAUGAACUCUCCACUCAGAUACUUCAGCCUCUGCCUCAAGCUACGAGGACGCUAUGACAUCCACAGGCUGCUGGAGGACGCCGGCAUCACUCCGACCUGCGAGCGACCGUACAAGGUGACGACCCUGAGAACUCGUCUGAUGAGAUGUGAACCCAUGUUCUGUUACUGA